CUUGAGCAGACGCAACGCAGUUCAGCGAAGUGGAGAGAUGCUAGUGACCCGCACAAGGGUACCCAUGUGAAGUUAAGAUGCAAAUUUACGCAGAUGGGUGUGUGCAGUCGGUUAAAAACUAAACAAAAAUACAUGUACUGGCGUGUUAACAAAGUUUCGGACUGUAAAUAUCGGAUGCACUAUUUUAUGCAAACUUGCAGCAGUUUUAACGACCUCUCGAGCGAGAUUCCAGAACAGAGUAGAAGCUAGCUAAUGUUAGCCUUCAAACUAAAUCCACAAGUAAAGAGUCAGACAGAAAUGUAGUUUGGGAUUCGCUGCAUGAGACUGGGGACCUCUUAUGGAGUGGCUGAAGGCUGGUCAUAGUGCUUAACAUUUCCCCGAUAACACCUCACCACUCGGUCAACAGUUGCUGGUAAGCCAGCUAACCAUAGCAUUUAUCCAUCUAGUUGAGCAGCUAGCUAGCACCAGCGCACAGCCUGCCUUCCGCCGACGUGCACUUCCCCCACUCUCCCUCCAGCCGGCUAGCCGCAGCGUUAGUCCGGUACAUAAAAUGAAGCGACCAUCAGCGUUUUGGAAAGCUGUUUGGCUGUCUGGAUUUUGCUGAUGUAUGAAGAGACGACAUUGUUUGUGUGAGAUCUCUGUCAAGGAGGUCAAAAUCAGUACAGGGGAUGGACGAGCAGAAAUCAAACUGCGACGAGAAUGACUCCGAACCAACAGCUGAUGACAAUGCCCCUGUAAAGCAGCUUGUCUCUUCUGAGGAGGAGUCCAGAGCGCUUCCUGCAGCUGAGGAUGCGACCACAACCUCUGGCAGCACAUCUGUAGAGAGUGCUCGAGCCUGUGCACUCUGUAACUGCGUGGAGCGCAGCCUGCAUGGACAGCGGGAACUGAGACACUUUGGGCCAUCUUCUGAUCGGCCGACCCUCAAGCCAUCAGCUUCCCCACUGCCACAACCCGGGAAUGAUGACCUGUCUUCCAUUGGAUUUUCUGACUCCUCCUGUCUUGCAGCACUCUUUGAUGACUCAGGGGAUUGCUGGGUUCAUCACUGGUGUGCAGUGUGGUCAGAAGGAGUUAAACAGAUGGACAACGAAGAGCUGGAGAACGUGGAUAAGGCCGUUAUCUCAGGGACACAGCGGCUUUGCGAAUACUGCAAAAGGCUGGGUGCAACCAUUCGAUGCCAUGCUGAGGGCUGCUCACGGUUCUACCACUUCCCCUGCUCUGCAGCAAGUGGAUCCUUCCAGUCCAUGAAGCAGUUGGCCCUUCUCUGUCCAGAGCACAUAGACAAGGCAGAGGAGCUGGCUGGUGAAGAGUCUUGGUGUGCAGUGUGUGACUCUGCAGGGGAGCUCACAGACUUGCUGUUCUGUACGGGUUGUGGCUUACAUUAUCAUGCUGCCUGUCUGGAAAUCGGUGCCACACCCAUCCAGCGUGCAGGAUGGCAAUGCCCUGAGUGUAAAGUGUGCCAGACUUGCAGACAACCAGGAGAAGACUCCAAGAUGUUGGUAUGUGACGCCUGUGAUAAGGGUUACCACACCUUCUGUCUUCAGCCAGCCAUGGAUUCGCUGCCCUCUGACCCAUGGAAAUGCAGAAGGUGUCGUGUUUGUACUGAGUGUGGGGUCCGCGGACUGGUAUUACCAGGAUCAGCCCAGUGGUUUGACAACUAUGCUGUGUGUGAAAGCUGCCAGCGGGACCGCAGCUCUAUAUGUGGCGUUUGCAGCAAAGCUGCCAACCCAUCUGUUGCUCUGCAAUGCUGCAGUGUGUGCCACAGAUGGGUCCACAGUGAGUGUGCUUUACAUCAUGAUCUACCAGAGGUCAAGUGCAUUUGCCUGCUUUGCAAGGAGGAUCAGCAGCAUCCUGUCACUCAAACAUACUCAGCAGAGAUACAAACCAGGGAGGUGUCUGAGGAGACUGGAGGACAUGUAGAUUUGGUGGAGUCGACAAUCCAAACAGAUGCAGACAUGGGGACAGAAGAGCAGACGGACUUGCCAGAUGUGACACCAUGCCAGAAAGGCGCAUCAGAGGUUGGACAGGCUGAGCUCUCGGAGCUCAAAGAGACACCGAUGGAGAUGGGGGAGGAAGCUCCAGUUGUUGAGACAACAGAAAUUGGGGAGAGACCAGUGGAAGAGGUAGUAAUGGAAGAAUUAACUUCAGAGGAGCCUGCAGAGUGUGCAGCAACAGAACAGGGGACCUCUUGUCUCGAUGCCGAUGAAAAAAGACCAGUUGAGGUUGUUAGCCAGAUGACUCAAACCACCCAUUCCCUGGAUGCUACUGCAAAGACAAAGUCUAUCAAAGAAGAACCAAUAGAGGUGUCACAACAGGACCCAGAAUAUAUGGAGGUUGAGAAACAGGAGGUUGAUCCCUCAGUGAAACAAGAGAAGAGUGGAAGCAUACCUGUGUCAGAACCAAAGUUACCAGCUUCUGCUGCCUCUGUAGAGAAGACAGAGACUGUUCCAAUGGCUGAUCAGCAGGAAGCAACUCCACACCAGGAUGCUCACUCUCCUCCUCUUUCUCGGCUCACUUUAUCAGUGGACACAGAAGAGGCGCUCUCCGCUGGGGAUAUGGAGGCAAGGCAACUACCUCACUCUGAGGAGGAUGACGAAGAAGAGGAUGAUGAGCAAUUGAAAGGAGAUGGACAGAAUGAGGACAUAAAGCAGGAGUUACAUGAGGUCAAGCCAGAACUUCUGCUUGAUGAGAUGUCCAACAUAAGCCACGGUGAUGAGAGCAGCAGUGGUUUUCUGGGCUCUCCAGGAGAACCAGACCCUCAGCUCUCCAUGGAGCUUGGCCUUGUACCUUCUGGCCACUCACACGCAGAUAACCUUCAAACUGAGACCGAUGACUCGCUUCCCUUUGAACCUCUCAAAAGUGAUAGAGAAAAGGCAAAACGCAGAGGAUCCCCAGGCCGCUCAAGAGUCAAACAGGGGCGAAGCAAUAGUUUCCCUGGGAAACGUCGACCUCGAGGUGGCGGUUCAGGGAGGGGUCGGGGAGGGAGGUCACGUCUUAAAGCCAUGGCCUCUUGCAUUGAUGCGUUUUUGCUGAGCAUGACCUCUGACACUGGAAUAAAUAAAGAGGAAGAUGAUGAGGAAGAUGACACCAUGCAGAAUACAGUGGUUCUUUUCUCAAACACUGAUAAAUUUGUUCUGCUCCAGGAUAUGUGUGUUGUCUGUGGCAGCUUUGGAAAGGGCAUGGAGGGACAGUUGUUGGCUUGUGCUCAGUGUUCCCAGUGUUACCAUCCUUACUGUGUGAACAGCAAAAUCACAAAAACAAUGCUACGUAAGGGUUGGCGUUGUUUGGAAUGUAUUGUGUGUGAGGUGUGUGGGAAGGCUUCGGACCCCUCCCGUUUGCUGCUGUGUGAUGACUGCGACGUAAGCUAUCACACCUACUGCUUGGAUCCACCCCUGCAUACAGUACCGAAGGGUGGUUGGAAGUGCAAAUGGUGUGUUUACUGUGUGCAGUGUGGUUCCAACACACCGGGUUUCCACUGUGAGUGGCAGAACAACUACACCCACUGUGGCCCCUGUGCCAGCCUCGUCACCUGCCCAGUAUGCAGAGAGAACUUCAUGGAGGAGGAGUUGCUGCUGCAGUGCCAAUACUGCGAACGAUGGGUACAUGCUGUCUGUGAGAGUCUGUACACAGAGGAUGAGGUUGAACAGGCUUCAGAUGAAGGUUUUGCAUGCACAUCCUGCACCCCAUAUGUUCCAAAACCUGUGGUAGUAGAGUCAGCCAUCAUGGCUUCAAUAAAGAUUAAAGAGCCAGAACCCCAGUUCUACCGGUUAGAGGGGGUAUGGCUGACAGAGUCAGGUAUGUCAUUGCUUCGAAGCAUCUCCAUGUCUCCCCUGCAUAAGAGACGACAGCGACGUUCCCGUCUUGGCACCUUGUGUUGUGAAGGAGGUUCUGAUGCCAUGGACAUGAGGGACGGUGAAGGAGAUGGAGAGGAGGGAAAAGGAGAACCCAUGGAAUGUGAAUCCAAGCUGGAGAACCAUGGAAGCCCUGAGAGAGAGGGAGGUGCUGAAGGCAUGGCAGACUGCGAUGGUUUGAAAGGGGGCACAGAAGAGACAGAUGACAGCAAAAAAAGAAAGCGAAAACCCUACAGGCCUGGAAUUGGAGGCUUCAUGGUGAGACAGAGGAAGUGCCACACAAGAAUGAAGAAAGAAUUUUUUGCCCAGUUGGCUGGUGAGACUACUUUAGAUGGACAGCCAAUAGAGAGGACCAUUGAGGACGCAGGACCUCAUCCUGACACGGAUAACAUUAUGGAUCCGAAACCGGUAGAGGGUGAGGAGCAGGCCAAGAAGCGUCGGGGUCGGAAGAAAAGCAAAUUAGAGGAUAUGUUUCCAGCUUAUCUCCAGGAGGCUUUCUUCGGGAAGAGUCUGAUAGACUUGAGUAAAAAAGCUGUAAUGAUACCACCAGGACAGAGGCCUGGCACAUGCCUUGUCCGACCUUCAGUUCCACCAACGUUGAGUGUCAGUAGUGCUGUCCCAGAGACUGAGACCAAGGAUCGCGUGGUGGGGGAUAAUUUGCCUCUCAAGCAAGAAGGGGGUGAGGCGCCCCAGGCUCAGGGAGAAGGUGCAGGUGUUUCUGCACCAUCCUCAUCACUGAAGGAACAGAUGUCAACUGAUCCUCAGGACUCUGAUGCAGAAAAAAGUGAUGGUCUUCCUCAAGGGGUGGAAAGUCAGGACUCUGAGCAGUUCUUCAGAAAGGUUCUGGGAGUGUCAGAGGGCUCUUCUUUGGGGGGCAUGAAGCCCAUCUUGGAGGGCAGUAAGGGAGAACUCAACCGUAGCACUUUGCCACAGAGAGCUCUCCUCUCAGGGUCUCUGCCUUCUGCUGGAAUGAUGGAUGCCUUUCCUGGCCUUUCUCAGUCACCAUUCUUCGACAUGCGUGACCGAGGAGGAUUGUUCAGUCCAGAUGGGGGAGAUGAGAGCCCAUGGGCCACUCCCUCUACCCCAGCAACUCCUUCAUCCCCACCAACUCCCACUGAGGCAGAGGGUGAUGGGCUGUCCUACAACCAACGUAGUCUCCAGCGCUGGGAGAAAGAUGAGGAACUGGGAGAACUCUCAACCAUUUCCCCUGUGCUCUAUGCCAACACCAACUUUCCCUCUCUUAAACAGGACUACCCGGACUGGGCUAGUCGCUGUAAGCAGAUUAUGAAGAUUUGGAGGAAGGUGUCAGCUGCUGACAAGGUUCCUUAUCUGCAAAAGGCCAAAGAUAACCGAGCAGCUCAGAGGAUCAAUAAGGCACAGAAGCAGGCAGAGAGUCAGGUAUGCAGGCCAGUCAAGACAGAGCCGGUGCGUGUAAAAGGAGAACGGCCCAGUUUACACCUCCAGAUCCCUCCACCUUCAGGUUCUGCAUCCUCCCAGCCCAGCUCAGCUGAAAGCCCAUUUCCCUUCCCCCCGGAUUCAGGAUCAUCCUCUGUCUUUUUCUCAGAUGGACCUGUAAAGACUCCAGGGUCUGCAGAAAUUCGGACAGAUCCCUUAGCCAAGUUUCCUCCUCAGUCACCCCACUCUCAUUCUCACCCAACAACACCUUUUUCUCAUGCAGGGGCCAGUCCUUUACAGGCCCCUUCCUCAGGUUAUUCCACUUCCGGCCCACUGGGUCCUGCUCAGGGACGGCCAGCCAGUCUUGGCCCCUUUGACAUGCAACCAGGAACUCCUGGAACCCCAAGACGGGCUCAGCAGGUUGACCCCUACUUCAGAUCUCAGCUGCAGCAGCAACAGAGUCAUUUACCGCAAUCUCAACAAGGUUCUCAGGAGUCUCUAGGACCUCCAGAAAGUCCUCAUUCGAGAGGUGCUGGGCUUGGGGAGUCACCCAUUUUCUCCCCGCCCCAUAACGCCCACUUUGGAGAUCCUUUCAGAACCCAGCAAGGAAUGGGACGUCCAGAAUAUGGUUCAUCCCCAUCACCCUCUGCAGUGGCUUCUUCACCUGCAAGCACAGGACAGUUCAGGGCUGAUAUGAGUGCACCUUCUCCCCGCUCCUCUACAGCUGUAAGACCUGACCCAGCUGUUAGCUCCCCUGCUGGUAUGCUUGAGUCUGGAGAUGGUUUAUUCAAGGCACCUAUGACGCCACGAAUGCACCAAGGAGAGGGGGGGUCAAUUCAACCUGGAGCUUCCCCAAGCCACCCCUCUGAAUCCUACAGACAGUCUCCCUCCAACCCUUUCUCUGAUGGCCACAGUCAGCAGCCGCCUACUCCCAGACCGCAGUCAGGAGACAGCUGUUCCCUAGGGAAUCAGAGAAAUUCUGCAGCUCAACAAGAGCCAUGCUCAAGAGUGCCCUCCAGCCCACAGUCCCAGGGUAGCUCUCAGUCUCCACACACUCCUGGUGGCCUCUCGAAUGAUGGUUUUUCUGUCCAGUCUCCUGCUACCCCCCGAUUUCAGUCCCCAGACCUCAGCUCUCAGCCACCUUCAAGGCCACAGUCGAGAGAUCCUUUUACUAAUGUUCACAAACCUCCACGUUGCAGCUCUGUUGGAGCAGAGGGAGCUGCAGGCUACAAAGGUUCACCUCAUCCCAAUCAACCACCUCCACCCCAUCCUAGCAACAAUAACUUAGGAGAUCCUCUCUCUGGUAAACCGUCAGCGCCUCUUCCUUUUGGCCGUAGCCCUAGUACUGGAGGAUAUCAAAUAACUCAACAGCAGACUCAGAUGGUCCAGGGUCAGCUACAACAACCACAGACUCAGCAAAAUAUCGGGGCCGACAGGGCGCCACCUCCUUCUGGAUCUCAAGACACACCAGCUGUCCGCCCUUCAGACACACCUCAUCAACCAGCCUUGCCAGGCUCCCAGGAGAUACCUGAUAUUUCAACAGUGCAGGACCCUGCGCUGGUAGGCUUAAGCCCUUCAGAGUUGGAGAAGCACAGACAGCGCCAGAGAUUGAGAGAAUUCUUGAUCAGACAACAAAUGCAGAGAAACUCCAUUAGACAAGAAAAGGAGGCUGCUGCUGCUGCCUCUGGCAAUGCAUCUCCGGGAUGGUCUGGUGGAGAGAUGGGAGCCUUUCAGCAAGACAAAGCCAACAGAGCACCACCUCCUUAUCCACAGGAGCGUAUUGCUGCUGCUACGUCUGCUGGAGCACAGGCCUCAAUGGUAGGAAAGAUGCCCAUGGCUGCUGGUGGUAUGGAAGAUAAGCUUAUUCGCCCACCACCUACAGGAACUCCUGCCAUCAUGGAUCCUAGUUCACUAAGGCCUCCAGGACCCACCAAACCACAGGGAGUGUUUGCCCGUCCACCAUUCCCUCCUCAGUGGCAGGGCCAGGGUGCCAGUCCACAGAGGUUCCCACAACCUGGUAUGGAGGCUGUGGGCAUAAGACAUAAUGCCAACCCUGCAGUUAACAUCCAGGGUAUGGAGAAUAUAAAUACCCCUCACACCUUGCUACCGGGGGAAAAUAUGCAGCCUAUUGGUCAAGGUCCCCCACCACAGUUCAUUGAACUAAGACACAAUUCGCAGAGGAUACCCUUGAGACCCCACUUCAUGCCUCGUGGGCCUCAGGCCAGACCACGUCUUUUUGUUCCCCAACAAGAUAUGGUUGCACCUUAUGUUCAGCAGCAUCCCAUAGCUCAAACUGGCACCAUUCAAACAGAGAGGCGUGACUCACAGCUGGGGUUACAGCAAAGUGGGCUGUCAGUUUUAAUGCCUCAACAGUCUACAGGUCCUGUAGCACAGCAGCCUCAACUGCAGCCCCAAGCAGCUCCUCCUGUUCCUAAUGCUCAAAGCACUGAGCAGCAUCAGCUUCCACAGCCCAGCUUGGUCACACAGUCUCGGCCUGCCACAACACACAGCAAUGAGGAUCUUCCAGAGCCUGAUCUUGAAGGGCUAGGGGAUGCUCCAGGGGAUGGGGGUGUGGAAGAUGAGGAUGAUUUAGCUUUAGACCUGGAUCCUGACAAAGGAGAUGAUGACUUGGGCAAUCUGGACAACCUUGAAACCAAUGAUCCGCAUUUGGAUGACCUGCUUAACAGUGAUGAAUUUGACUUGUUGGCUUACACUGACCCUGAAUUGGACCAAGGAGACCCAAAGGAUGUCUUCUCAGACCAGCUACGAUUGGUGGAGGCAGAGAGUGAGGCACCAUCUUCUUCCUCUGGCUCUGGGCAGGUUAAAGUGGAGGAUAAACCCAAGCGAGAGCCAGGGCAGAAACCUGCAAAGGCAGAUGUCUCUGCUCGCCAACUGCCAUCAACCACAGAGACUACUGAUACCUCAAGAGUUAAAGUAGAAGACAGAGGCCUGGUACCACAACUGCAGUCAGGGCAGACAGCUGUAAAAGAUGAAAUGGGAGAAGCUGUGUCCAUGCUUCUUGGUGGCACCACACCAUCAGUCAAACCUGCACAACCAGAAAGCCAGUCAGCUUCGCUUAGUUCUGUUCGAUUAGGGGGACUUCCAUAUCCCUUGCCAGGCCAAGUUGAUCAGUUGCCUUUUCCUCCAGCUGCUCCACAUCCAGGUAUUGCCGACGAUCCGCUGGGACUUCCUGAUGUAGGUGAACAGCACUCUCCUGCGGUGGAUUUGGCAAAGGUAGAAAGCUCUUUAGAUGGUGAAUUGCCUCUUCUAAUACAAGAUCUGCUUGAGCAUGAAAAGAAAGAACUGCAGAAGCAACAACAGCAGCAACAGCUAAGCUCCCUCCACCAAGGAGGCAUGGGACCUCAUUUUUCUGGCCUCCCAGGUCAACAACCAAAUCCACAGGUUCCUGGGCAGAUAAUACUGCCACAGCACCAUCGUCCACCACCCCAGGGAAUGAUGAGUCAGCCAGGGAUGGUUCCGCGUGCACCAAACCUUCUGCAGCAGCAAAGGCUAAUGGGACCUGGAAUGGCACCUCCCGGUCACAUGAAUAUGUCACAACAGCAGGGCAUGAUGAGGAUGGGCCAGCCUGGAGGGAUCCAUACAGCUCUUGGUCAUCCGCAGCAGCAACAGCAGCAGCAGCAACAACAGCAACAACAACCAGUGAUUAAACCGCCACCUCUGGCCAACAAUUUCUUUCCAGAUAAAGAUUUGGAUAAAUUUGUUACUGAUGACAUCAUGGAUCCAAUUGCUAAGGCAAAGAUGGUGGCACUCAAAGGCAUCAAAAGAGUAUUGGCACAGGACCCGAUGGGUGUCCCCCCGGGUAUCAACAGGCAACAGGUUUCUCUUCUUGCUCAAAGGCUGGCAUCUGCACCUGGCACAGAUCCAGGACAGCUUGCAUCAGGACCACCAAAGGAGGGUGAACCAAGUGAUCCAACUCAGACAAGACCCAAUCCUCCCCAGUUUGUGCAAGGAAUCAUCAAUGAUGCGGAACAACACCAAUAUGAAGAAUGGCUAUUGCAUACUCAACAGCUACUCCAAAUGCAAUUGAAAUUUUUAGAGGAACAAAUUGGAGUUCACCGCAAAUCCCGAAAAGCACUCUGUGCAAAGCAACGGACAGCUAAGAAAGCUGGCAGGGAAUUUGCAGAAGCAGAUGCUGAGAAGCUGAAGUUGGUCACAGAGGAACAGAGUAAAAUACAGAAACAGCUUGACCAGGUUCGCAAGCAGCAGAAGGAGCAUACAAAUCUUAUUGCAGAAUACAGAAGCAAGCAGCAGCAGCAUCAGCAGCAGGGCUCAGGUCUUCUCACCCCAGGGCAUUCUGCACAGGGUCCUCCACCUCACAUGUUUCCCAAGAUGGCUGGUCAGAUGAUGAUGGGUCAACAGGGAGCUCCUGUAAUGGGGCAGCACCCUGGUAUGGUGCCCCAGGGUGGAAUGCAUGUCAGGAUGCCACAAGGGCAGCCAUUCAUUGGAGGAGCCCAACCCCAAAUUCCUGGAGCACUGGGACCAGGAGCUGCUAGGGCCCCAGGACCUCCUGGGGCUCCUGCAGGAUUCUUCCCACAGGGUCCUGGAAUGCAAGGUGCAGACCCCAGACUAUUGCAGGAAAGACAGCUUCAACACAGAAUGCAGAUGGCAAAACUUCAGCAACAACAACAUCAGGUGAUAAUGGGUCAACAGCCAAUGCCGCACCCAAGUCAACCGUCUGGUUUAAUGGCCCAGCCACAAUCUGGUAUUAUAGGGCCACAUAUGGCCCAGCAACAACCAAACCCUCAACAGGCAGUUCUGUCUAACCAGGCAAAUCAGCAAAACAUGGUUCAACUUCAACAAGGAAUGGUUGGAGGCCAGUCUGUGACUCAGACACCACAGAACCCGUUAGGAGGCCAGCCAAUUAACCAUGCUCAAGCCAUGAUGGCAGCUCAACCAGGGAUUAUGGGGAACCAGCCUGUCGCACAGCAACAGAGGCCUCAGAUGAUGAUGGGACAGCAGGGAAUGGUUGGUUCUCCAGGUCAUCCUGGCCUUCGGGGUCAAGCACCUUUAACUCCACAACAACAAAACAUUCUGGCCCAACGUAUGCUUGCAUCUCAGCAACAGCAGAAUGUUGCAAAGAAUUUGGCACACCUUCAGCAGCAACAGCAGCAAAUGGCACAGCAAAGACAACCACAACUAAUGAGUCAAUCAAGCCAAGAGCAAGGAGUGCUCUCCCAACCUUCCACUCCACAAAUGGGCUCUUCUCCUUCAGCAGGAAGUAUUACACCCCAGUCCCAAGGAGCUACAGAUAGCCAAAACCCAGGUUCCAAAGAAAGUGGAAUUCUCAGCCCUGAUUCAAGAACCCCCCCACAACAGAGUGGACCUUCAACACCAAAUCAGUUGUCUCAGCUAGGGCCUUCAAAUGAUAAUCAGAAUGAUUUGGGAAGACAACAUUUACAGCAGCAACAGCAACAUCAGAACCAAGUUUAUAUGGCACAGCAACCAAACCCCCAGCCUGUUCCUGAGCAACAAACGUCUCUAGUUGGAAACCAACCAAUUGGUGUGCUUCAGCAGCAGCACCAACAUCCACAACUUGCUCUUCAGCGGCAAGGGUCUCUCACUGCUGAAAAGCCUGGAGUGAUGCAAAUAAAAGAGGAGGGGAAACAGGGUGAUUUCUUAGCUCAACAGCAGCAGCAACAACAAAAUGCCAUACAGCAGCCACAGGAUCCCAGCAUCCAGCAGCAGAUCACAGUCCAGAAAAAUCCUGGCCAACCACAGGUUAUAAUGGGCCAUAGUCCACAACAGCAAGCCCUUAUGGCUCAGCAACAAAAACAACAUGCCAUGAUGGGAAUGAUGAGAGCUCAGCAACAGGGGAUGAUGGUGCAGAGACCUGGGCUUGCACCUGGACAGAUCCGCACCCCUAUCAAUAUCCAGGCUAUUAUUGCCCAGAACCCACAACUGCGCAAUCUUCCCCCAAACCAACAGAUACAGCACAUCCAGGCCAUGAUUGCCCAGAGGCAGCUCCAACAGGGACAAAUGCUGCGGAUGUCAAUGAAUCAAGGCCAACAAAGUCAGUUGAGGCCCCACAUGCCACCAGGACAGGUGCCGCAGGUUGGACAGCACAUGCCAGGAAUGGAGGGUCAACAGAUGCAUUUUGGGCCCAUGGGGAAGCCCACAGCUAUUGGUACUCCACAACAGGCUGGCAUGUUGGGCCAGCAACCUGGUGUUGGUCCACAGAUACAACAGGGAAUGACGGUCCCUGGACAACAGCUAGCACAGAUGGGGGAAAUGAUACAGCAACAGCAGAUUAUGAGAAGUCAGGUUCCAGUACCACCUUCCCCUAUGGAUCAGAGCCGCAUGCUAAGGCCAACAUCUCCGCGCCAGCCACUGCCCAACUCUCCUGGAGAUCCACAGCGGCACCAAGUUAUGGGGAUGCGUCCACCCACCCCAGGUCAGAAUCAGCAGCAAGCCCUAAUGGCAGCUGCCCGCAUGCAGGGAUCUCCAUCUCAUGCAUAUUCUCCAAGAGGUCCCUUUGGUAUGAGUCCAGCACACCCAGCUUCACCUCAUUCAUCACAUGUUUCUUCACCAUCUAUAGCAGACAGGCAUGGACGGGGAAGUCCAUACAGCCAAGUCAAGGCGUCUCCACUCAGGUCACCUGGGGCCAAGAGUCCACUAGAUUGCCCAGGUUUGAAAGUAGAAACUCAGACUUCAGGUGCUGACCCUUCUCAGAUGGCUUCAGGUAUUCCCAAUGGGCCACAGAAAAGUGGAAAUGUUCAGCAACAACUCCAUGAGGUUAGAGAAAACCCUGUUCCUAAGACACAGCAUGGAUCUAGAGAAGGUAAUCUGUGCCAGAUGACCCUACAGAAUAUCAAACAGGAGCCCCGAGAGGUCCAGUGUGAUUCUGAGGGAGAGGCUCAGCCUGGAGCUGUAAAGCGAGAAGCAACAGGAGAGAUGGUUACUUCUGGGAACAACACUAGCUUUUUUAAUUCAGGAAAUGUGGCAGGAGACCCUGGAGCUCAAGGCGCUAGAUCUGAGACUGGACAGCAACUUCUACAAAAACUCUUGAGAACUAAGAACCUUCAGCUUGGUGCUCAGAGGCCAUCUGAAGGCAUCCACAAUGAAAUUAAUGGUCACAUAAACAACAAAUUAGCUUUGCUAGAACAAAAACUCCAAGGAACCCCACGGAAUAUGGAGGAUUUACAGUCCAUAACAAAAAGACCACCAGUACCAAAACCAAAGCGUACGAAUAAGGCAUCUGGAGGACCUAAUGCACGAAAAAAGAAUAAGAAGGAAGAAGUUGGAAAAAGUGCUGAGGCCCUGAUAAAACAACUUAAACAGGGUCUGUCGCUGUUGCCCCUGAUGGAGCCAUCCAUUACUGCCAGUCUGGAUUUGUUUGCUCCUUUUGGAAGCAGCCCAGCCAAUGGCAAAGCCCAGCUGAAGGGUUCGUUUGGAAAUGCAGUACUAGACAAUAUCCCAGACUACUACUCUCAGCUGCUCACUAAGAGUAACCUCAGUAACCCACCAACACCUCCAUCCUCCCUGCCCCCCACGCCUCCACCAUCAGUGCAGCACAAGCUGCCAAAUGGAGUGACCACUGGGGAGGAGCUAUCUGAGGGUCGGAAAGAGACUGAGCCUGCAGAGGAGCCAAUGGAUUCUGUUUCACAGGAGGUUAAGAGUGUAGACAUUCUUGCAGCUCUUCCCACUCCCCCUCACAACCAGAAUGAGGACAUCAGGAUGGAAAGUGAUGACGAGGAUGCACCAGAAAGCAUUAUCCCAGCAUCAUCUCCUGAGAGUAAUGUAGGAGAGGCCACACCACGCUUCCCUCACCUACGUGAGCCCAAAGAGGAGGAGACAGAGAGAGCAAUAUCGCCAAUCAUCCCUCUCAUACCUCGCACUGCCAUCCCAGCAUUCCCAGAAAGCAAACCAUUUGAUGCUGCUGAUAGCAAGGUGGUUUCCACGUCCAAUCACUGGGAUAAGGCAAAAACCAAUGAGGUGUCUGUUACCUUCACUUUGUCCUCUGCUGCAGCAAAGAAACUGAACCAUGUGAUGAUGGCCAUGGCGCAGCUGCUGAGCAUUAGGAUGCCAGGUUCUUAUGAGGUGACUUUCCCCCCUCAAAACCCUGAUGUGGAUGGUGCCACUAAAGGACCUGGACAGUCAGGGACUCUAUGUGUGAAAAACAGUGCUUCCCCCAACCAGGAUGAGUGGCUUAGACAAUUUGAUGUGUCUCUACCAGGGUGCACACUAAAGAAACAAGUGGAUAUUUUGUCACUUAUCAAGCAGGAGUUCCCAGAGAAAGAGGACAAACCAGCCCUGCAUUGCUAUACAACCAAUGUAAGUGACUUGGAUGUGCGCCAUCUUCCUGUUAUACCAGUUGAGGAGUCUCCUCCACCUUCACCGUCCCCUCCACCUCCUCCAUCUGCUGAAAUCUCAACAAGUGAAGCUGAACCUUCCAAAAUCUCAGCUUCUCUAUCCCCUUCUCCCUCCAUUCUUGCUAAUGCUCAGAUCAAGACUGAGCCAGAACAAGAUGCUAACGAGCAAAGUGAUGCUGCUCAACCCUCUGAUGUCACAGAGUCUGAAGUUGCUGCUACAUGUUUAGUCAAUGAUUCAGAAUCUGCUUCUGCAAUUCCGGAUUCUGCAGCACCUGCUGAAGAUCCACUGAAUGCUACUGCCAAGGAGGAGGACUCAGCUACUGAUCCAGCUCACCCUCCUAAAGACUCUCCUAGCACUGUGGAGUCUUCCCCAAAGGCUGUGAAACAACGCCGGCCUCUAUCCCCUGAUGAGGAGGUGGUGCACCCGAAAAUGAAAAAAUGGAAGGGAAUCAGGUGGAAGCGUCUUCAGAUUGUCAUCACAAUUCGCAAAGGAGGGUCUAAGAAGGAGAACAGCCGUGAGGUGUCUGAGCUGAUGGAACGCCUGCGCAUUACUCUACGGCCUGAAAAGCUGCCUCGAGAUAAACGCAAAUGCUGCUUUUGCCACGAGGAAGGUGACGGGGCAACCGAUGGUCCUGCUCGACUGCUUAACAUCGAUGUGGACCUCUGGGUGCACCUCAACUGUGCCCUGUGGUCCACAGAGGUCUAUGAGACACAAGGUGGUGCCCUCAUCAAUGUAGAAGUAGCCUUGCGUCGUGGCUUGCGGACUCUGUGUGCAUACUGCCAGAAAACGGGCGCCACCAACAGCUGCAACAGACUGCGCUGCCCCAAUGUCUAUCACUUCGCCUGUGCCAUUCGGGCACGCUGCAUGUUCUUCAAAGACAAAACCAUGUUGUGCACCCAGCAUAAACUGAAGGGCCCCAGUGAAGAUGAACUUAGCACAUUUGCUGUCUUACGGCGUGUCUACAUUGAACGUGAUGAAGUGAAACAGAUUGCCAGCAUCUUGCAGCGAGGUGACCGCAUCCACCUGUUCCGUGUUGGUGGCCUCAUCUUUCACGCUGUUGGCCAGCUGCUACCCUCCCAGAUGGCCAACUUCCACUCAUCCACUGCCAUCUUCCCUGUUGGCUAUGAGGCCACACGCAUCUAUUGGAGCACUCGUGUGCCCAACAAGCGCUGCCGUUACCGCUGUCGCAUCAGUGAAGAUGAUGGACACCCUGUGUUUGAGGUGCGCGUUCUGGAGCAUGGGAUGGAGGAUUUACAGUACCGUGACGCCUCUCCAGAGGGGAUCUGGGAUCGUGUAGUUCAGCAGGUGGCUAAACUCCGAGAUGAAUCAUCUAUGCUGAAGCUGUUCACUGAACAUGUCAAAGGAGAGGAGAUGUAUGGCCUCACUGUUCAUGCUGUCAUGCGCAUUACAGAAUCGCUGCCCGGAGUGGAGAACUGCCAGAAUUACCAGUUCCGUUACGGACGUCACCCUCUUAUGGAGCUUCCUCUCAUGAUCAAUCCCACUGGCUGCGCUCGCUCUGAGCCCAAGGUCCCCACACACUGCAAAAGGCCUCACACCCUUAACAGCACCAGCAUGUCGAAGGCCUACCAGAGCACGUUCACCGGAGAGCUCAACACACCAUACAGCAAACAAUUUGUUCAUUCGAAAUCCUCCCAGUACCGGCGCUUGAAGACCGAGUGGAAGAACAACGUGUAUCUGGCUCGAUCCCGCAUUCAGGGCCUGGGUCUGUAUGCCGCCAAGGAUCUGGAGAAGCACACCAUGGUCAUUGAGUACAUAGGCACUGUCAUUCGCAACGAGGUGGCCAAUCGCAGAGAAAAGAUCUAUGAGUCACAGAAUCGUGGGAUCUACAUGUUCCGCAUCAACAACGAGCAGGUGAUCGAUGCUACUCUAACAGGUGGCCCAGCUCGCUACGUCAACCAUUCCUGCGCCCCGAACUGUGUUGCAGAGGUUGUAACAUUUGACAAAGAGGACAAGAUUAUCAUCAUUUCCAGUCGCAGGAUCCCUAAGGGAGAAGAGCUGACGUACGACUACCAGUUUGACUUUGAGGACGAUCAGCACAAGAUCCCUUGUCAUUGUGGAGCCUGGAAUUGCCGAAAGUGGAUGAACUAGGACAAAAAACAAACGUGGAAUUCCCUUCUCACUGGUGCCAGAACACUCCUGCGCCAAAGCCUUUGAAUCCAUCAUAGCCAGUGCAUAAGCUGUUCUGAAAGACGUGGAGGAAGGCUGGCCUCCAUCAGUGAAAGACUAAAGCAUUGACACCUGUAGCCAAAGGUAUGAAGAGCAUUAAUUAAUAAAACAACCAACCACCUUCACCGACCACCAUGUUCGGACUAGUGAAUCACCCUCUCCUCAGCCAAACCCCCCUUUUCCCUCCCUUUGACUGUUCUCAAUAAGCUUAACAGUGGCUGGAAAACAAUCCUCAACACCUACCAAAUGAUUCUGACCCUCUGAUACCAAUCCUCAUACUGCAGAGCUCACCCAGAGCUCCGACAAAAAGCCAUUAUAAAAUACUAAGAACGAACUAACGAUGCAUUUUUACGUUUCGAGUCGGACCUACUUUCUGUCCUCCCACUUCCUCCCGACCCGUCCCCCUUCUCGUCUCUCACCUCCCGGAUAAGAAAGGCACUUUCCCAUCAAGUCAUCAAUGAAGACAACACGGAUAUUGGCUCGCUAGACAAUCUUGAUGUGGCUCUGUGUAAGAACUACAAAUGAUUGAUGGAAAACAAAAAAAAAACAAAAAAAAACAAAAAAACACAUGUAAGGUUAUUAGAAAAUUUGAGGAGCUAUCGAUCUGUGGCUCAAGUGGCACCAGAUGUUCUGACUGUGUGGAGUCCCCAAGGUGGGUUAGUCGGACCCAGUCUACCUCAUUGAUUUAGCGGGAAGUGACUGCUUUGUAUAAUAAUUUAAAAAAAAAACAAAAAAAAACUGUUAACUGCUACUGUGGAAAGGGGGAAUGUUUUUAUGGGCUUAGCCUUCUCGGACAAGCAGGGAAUCUUAAGCAGCAGGUUUGCUCUAUCUACUCUAUGCUGAUGAUGAUUUACAAUAAUGAGCCAACAUAAUUAUUAUUCAUGAAUUAUUUAUACAGAGGAAAUAUAUGACAGUUUUGAUAAGAUAUUGCAUUAAAAUCACAAUCAGAAGCUUAGCGGGUGUCUCGUACGCCACCAAAUCAUCCUGGAUAUUGAUGUAGCUUUUUGUUUCCUUCUUUUUUCUUCUUCUUUCUUCUUCUUUUGUAUUUAUGCGUUUAAGAACCAUGCUAUUAGCUGUGUGAAAGCACAAUGACAUCCACUUUUUUGUUUUUUCGCGUCGCUUAAGACGGUAAUGGUGUGAGUGAACGGCUCUAGGAUCAGACGACACUUUAACCAUGACGACAAAAAGUCCAAAACCAACCGAGUACAUUCGCUUCUUGCUUCGUACAUUGAAGUUUCCGCCUGUUGGGGAAAAGCAGCCGGCGGAUGCAUGACUACUGUCCCAUUCUCACCCCGAUCGACUCACCCUCACACUCUGAAUCAUGCCUCUUUCUCUCUGUAUUAUUUAGUGGACUGUUGAUAAACUUUUACUGUAGUAAGUCUUUCUCUGUCUGAGUGCAGCCUGCAGUGUUUCUACUCUUCCACCUCCCCCUGUUGUGAGCGUUUUCUUUGUUUUUUUUUUCUAGUGGUGGUACUAUCCUCUCGAGGCUGAACGGAUGGCAGGGAAAGACUUAUUGAAAAAAAGGGCAUUUGUUUUCAUUUCUAUGUAAGAUGAAUGAAAAAAAAAAGUCUUUAAAGGGAGCUUUACUAAAACUCCACCUUCCCAUACUACUUUGUUUCCUCUUUCCCCUAACCUAAGACCUCACAUGAUUUAAAAAUGCAAAAUUGUACAAACUGUAUAUAUCGUAUAUGCAUUAGGGGGGACAGCAACUCUUUAUCCAGCCCCUUUGUAAUCAAUAAAGUCAAAGUGUAGAGAAAUAAAACUGAAAAAAAAAAAAUCAACCACUGGAUAUCAUUUUAACAAAGAUAAAAGCUGUAUAUAAAUAUAAAUAUAUGUAAAAUGGCAAACUAAUAUCUUUAUGUAUAUGAACCAGAGUGUUUUGCAUUUACCUGUUUUUCUAUUAGUGUUUUUUGCUAUAAGCUCUCAGAGACAAGUUUGUUAAAAUAGGUUCGAUGACGCGUCUGCUCUUCUCUAAUCAGCUGCGAUGAGAGGCUGAGGGCGAUCGAGUUGUUCAUUUAGACAUGAAAAUCACACUUCUUACAUAAAGCAGUACAAUGGUGCAUAGCAUUUGUAUUUAUGUAAUAUUGUUUGUGUUUUUUUUUUCUCUCUUUAUUUAUGCUACUGCUUGUUGAUUACCAAAACUUGUCCCUUAAUCGGUCAUAAUUGGAUUAAUAUACUCUUGAAUGGAAAAAUCAUGAGCUCCCUAGAAUAUUGUUAGUGUUUUUGCUUUUUUUUAAUAUAUAUAUACAUAUAUAUAUAUAUAUAUAUUUUCCCUAUAGAAGUGAAUGUGUUGGUAAACCUUGUGAAAUGGUUACUUGGCCUGAUGUAUGUUAUGAUGUAAUACUCAAAGUUAAUCCCAUACUUAACCUGGUGAUGAAUUGCACUCUCAGAUUUUAACAGAGAACUUCUCUAAAGUGGUAGAUAUUGAUCAAGUAUCCGAAGCAGUGACAUGUAUGUGUAUAUAUAUAUAUUUAAAAAAAAAAAAAAUAUAUAUAUAUAUGUAUACACAUUUUUUGGUAUGUUUCUAUUUCAAGGGAAGACCAUGACAAGACAUUAUCCCACUCACUGGAUUUUAGCCUGAGUAAUUUUUAACUUCUCUGAAUCUUAAUUUAAGUUCUCUGCAUAUCUUAUAAUUUAAUUAAUAAAGUUUGCUCAAAUUGAAGGUUUUUUUUUUUUUUGUUUGUUUUUUUUUUAAAACUUCACCUACUUUUUAAAAGGAUGUUGCAUCUGUACAGCAGAGAUACUUUUAGGGAAUAUGAAUAAAUAUAAUGAUCAUUUUUAUUGUAUGUGGCAUGUUUUGUAUGGAUAUUAUUUUGAAUUGUACAUAUUUUUUUCAGGACGCCAGAGGUUGCAUCUCUUUAUAUACGGCUUUCCACUCCCUUUCCCUGUCAUCUUAUUUCUUUGUCUGCUUUUGUUUCUUGUAAAGGAAAAUAAAAUGCAUUUUAAAUAUG